ACAUUCUUCGCUACUGGCACCUGGCCGACAUAUUCUUGGAUGGGCGGCGGCAAAGUGUGUUGCAACGUGUGGCAAGCGGAGACCUACUUCUUGCAGAAGUCAGUCGAGCUAAGCAAGAACACACAGGCCAAGCUAAGCACGUCCUUUAAACUGGACACAGUUUGUACCAUCGACGCAAUUUUUGCUGGAUGAAGAUGAAUUCAUGAAAGCACAGAGUAGAGGACGGAUGACACAAUGCCUGCACCGAGCGUGUAGCGUUAAGUAACAGUCAAGUAGCAUAUUUUGCGAGGAAUGCUAUCUCGUCUUAUGCACAAUGUUUCAUUGGGGAAAGUGGAAGAAGAGGAUGGGGGCUAGUAGCUCUUCCAAAAGGCCAGUGUUCGAUGAGAAGGAAGAUGUGAAUUUCGACCAUUUCCAAAUACUUCGCGCAAUUGGGAAAGGGAGUUUUGGAAAGGUAUGCAUUGUUCAGAAGAGGGACACGGAGAAGAUGUACGCCAUGAAGUAUAUGAACAAACAGCAGUGCGUAGAGCGAGAUGAGGUCCGAAACGUCUUUAGAGAGCUAGAGAUCCUACAGGAAAUUGAACAUGUAUUUUUAGUAAACCUCUGGUAUUCAUUUCAAGAUGAAGAAGAUAUGUUCAUGGUGGUGGACCUACUGCUGGGAGGGGAUUUGCGCUACCACCUGCAGCAGAAUGUGCAGUUCAGUGAGGAUGCAGUGAAGGUCUACCUCUGCGAGAUGACGCUAGCACUUGAUUAUCUACAGAGCCAACACAUCAUCCACAGGGAUAUCAAACCUGAUAAUAUCCUACUGGAUGAACAAGGGCAUGCUCAUCUAACAGAUUUCAACAUUGCUACCAUAAUCAAAGAUGAAGAAAGGGCUACAGCCUUAGCUGGAACCAAGCCCUAUAUGGCCCCUGAGAUCUUCCAGUCGUUUGUGAGUGGAGGGACUGGCUAUGCCUUUGAAGUAGACUGGUGGUCUCUGGGAGUAACGGCCUUUGAGGUCCUCAGAGGAUGGAGGCCUUAUGAAAUCCAUGCCACUGAUUCCGUGGAGUCUCUAAUGCAGCUUUUCAGCACAGUUAGCGUGCAGUACUGCCCAACCUGGCCGAAGGACCUGGUGUCACUGCUGAGGAAGCUGCUGACUGUGAACCCUGAGCAUCGCUACUCCAGUCUCGCCCACAUGCAGACUGCCUCCUGCCUUUCAGAUGUUAACUGGGAAGCUGUCUACGAGAAGAAAGUGGAUGCUGGCUUUGUUCCUAAUAAAGGACGCCUGCAUUGUGAUCCAACCUUUGAACUUGAAGAGAUGAUUCUAGAGUCGCGACCUCUCCACAAGAAGAAGAAGCGUCUUGCUAAGAGCAGAUCACGGGACAACAGCAAAGACUCCCAAUCAGAGAGUGACUACCUACAGGAGUGCCUUGACGUUGUGCAGCAAGAGUUCAUGAUCUUCAAUCGCGAGAAGUUAAAGAAGAGCCAAGAGGGUCCAUCAGAGGGCGGGGCAGAAGGUGAAGCUGAUGCAGAUGAUGAUUUAGAUGUGGAGGCCACUGAGGAUGACGAGACAGAACUGGACCCUGAGGCAGAGACCUCCAAACUCGACAUAUGUGGAUCUGUUUGUUCCUCUACUGGUAGCUGCUAGCACACCUUGCACAGUUCACCACUCAGCCUUCCAGUUGCUGUGUGUUUUCUAUGCCUGAAGCACUUUCACCAGUUCCUCAGUAGAGAAACUGAAGAGGAUAGAGUGCACUAACUUUACAUGCCCUCUAUAUCUGUAGCAUUUACCAUGUUAUGGCGGCAACCUACAUCGACCAUUUGUAACAAUAAGCUUGAAUUUCUAUGCAAUACAGUUUGAUGUGUAUUCACAAUUAGUCUCUAGUGCUAUGCAGGACACCAACACCUGUGCAGCAUGGUGUAUUGUGAUGUAGUGCCAUGCAGUUUUAAGGUAUGAAUGAGGUCCUGUUUUUUGUAAUGGCAUGGCAUUAUUAAACCGUUAAACUCUUUGUGGUAAUAGUGGGUUAGAUUUGUGAUUUUUGUUUGCUGUUCUGUUUGCAUAGUGAUUGGUGUCUUUUAGUGUCUUUUUAUCGAAAUACUAAUACCUGUUGCUAAAGGUGUCAUUUACUACAGCAACAUGAAGAAAGACAUUUCAAUUACAUGAUCUGCAUGAAGUCCACCUUCCAGCUGAAGAAUUCUUUGGAAACCUUACUUUUCUUUCCAGUCCUUCCUAGUGUUUGUUUUAAUGAUCAAUAUCUUAAGCUUGAGUUGGUGCAAGAUCAGUGUAAAGGGGGGGAGACUUGCACUUCUGCCAGUAUUGUAGCUUCAACGGUUAUCUACUUUUGCUAUAAGAAUUUGAUAGGAAUAUUGUUGAGAGAUGCAUGUAAACACGAUACGUACGCAGGCUCUGUUCCGUACAGAAGCCCUGAGAUGGCAUAUAUUUAAGUUAGUCCGUUAUUUGUCAUUAUCUUGAGAAAACGAAACUUGGUUUCCCUGAGAUAAUGACACAAUUUAUACAAUAUUUUGGAAAAAGGAUACAUUGUUUUAUUCCACUGCUGGACAGCUCUGCUGAGGUCUUGGGAGACGUCUGAUGAAUGUGUGAUAUACGACUGAAAUGAAGCAACACAGGUGUUAUAAACCCUGUGGAAUGUUUUAUUGUUUUCAUCCUAAAAAUAAAAGCCUGUUAUGUG